CACGGAUGCACACAAUACCAAGAAAAGCUCUGGCUCGAUGGAUGCAGUGGAGUGUUUGUACAUUGGUAAUAUAAAUUAGUCUGAAAGUAUCAUCAUGAAAGCUCACCCCAUAGGUAAAUCCUUGAUUAUAAAUGAAAUCAGCUGAUUAGGUGGAUGGGGGCGGGUUCAAAAGCGAGUGGAAGCCAUCUUGGACAGUUGGUUGACAAGCCUCUUUCGUAGUCAGCUAAAACAUUGAGAACACCUUACAAACACCGCAUAGAGAACCGGUAAUUUCAGCUAACCAAGGGUUGGAGAAACCUGAUAAAGGACGCAGCGGCUCUGUGAAGCUAAACAAGAUGGCUAGCUGAAGAGUCUGCCAGUACUUGAAAGCUAGAUCAGCCCUUCUGGUGUAUGGUUUUCCAUAUGGCAAUGGCAGAUAAUUCCAUCUAUGCUAAAUCCUAAUUAAAAAAUAAGAAGAGGAAUUUGUUAUUUUUUACACUUGACGACCCACACACGGCAGUACUGUUGAGGAACCUGCUGAGACAAACACGAUUUGAACAAUUUACAUUUGGAUAAUUAUUGAAGUCUCAAGAGUGAAGGACAACCUUAAGUAUUGAGUGGUCCCAGCAGAGCGGACUCGCUGCAUCUAGAGACUGAUAGAUACCUCAUUGCUACUGGAAGAAGAAAGCAUAGCAAACAUGAGUACCGCCAGGACAGAGAACCCAAUGAUUUUGGGCUUGUCCAACCAGAAUGGACAGCUCCGAGGUUCAGUGAAGACUGCUGGAGCGCCAGGUGGAGGUGUGGGAGGCCCUCAACAGCAGCUCAAUCAGAUGAAAGGCACAAUCAACAAUGGCAAUUCCCUACCGGCCCCUACAACCAACGCUGUCAUCAAGCUUGGAGACGACUGGAAGAAAAAUUUGAAAUUGCCCCCAAAAGACACGAGGAUGAGAACAUCGGAUGUGACUGCAACUAAAGGCAACGAGUUUGAAGAUUACUGCCUAAAGAGGGAGCUGCUAAUGGGAAUCUUUGAGAUGGGCUGGGAAAAGCCCUCUCCAAUCCAGGAGGAAAGCAUUCCCAUCGCACUGUCAGGAAGAGAUAUCUUGGCCAGAGCCAAGAACGGCACAGGGAAGAGUGGAGCCUACCUCAUUCCCUUACUUGAACGCAUUGACCUGAAGAGGGACUGCAUACAAGCUAUGGUCAUAGUACCCACCAGAGAACUGGCUCUGCAAGUUAGCCAAAUAAGUAUCCAGGUCAGCAAACACAUGGGUGGAGUGAAGGUAAUGGCGACCACAGGUGGAACCAACCUCCGCGACGACAUCAUGAGACUUGAUGAAACGGUACAUGUGGUCAUUGCUACUCCUGGGAGGAUUUUGGACCUCAUCAAGAAAGGAGUGGCCAAAGUCAAUCAAGUGCACAUGGUCGUUCUGGAUGAAGCUGACAAACUCCUGUCUCAGGACUUUGUGUCCAUGAUGGAGGAGAUGCUGGGCUUCCUGGCCAAACAGAGGCAGAUCCUGCUUUACUCUGCUACCUUUCCUCUCAGCGUGCAGAAGUUUAUGAACGCACACUUGCAGAAACCCUAUGAGAUCAACCUGAUGGAGGAGCUUACACUGAAGGGUGUGACUCAGUAUUACGCUUAUGUAACUGAAAGGCAAAAGGUCCAUUGCCUUAACACCUUGUUCUCCAGGCUCCAGAUCAACCAGUCUAUAAUCUUCUGCAACUCCUCUCAGCGAGUAGAGCUCCUUGCCAAGAAGAUCUCCCAGCUCGGUUAUUCAUGUUUCUACAUUCAUGCCAAGAUGAGACAGGAGCAUCGCAACCGUGUGUUCCACGACUUCAGAAACGGCCUCUGCCGGAAUCUUGUCUGCACUGACCUCUUCACAAGAGGAAUUGACAUUCAAGCUGUGAAUGUUGUGAUCAAUUUCGACUUUCCCAAGCUGGGAGAAACGUACCUUCAUCGCAUCGGUAGAUCUGGCCGAUUUGGACACUUGGGUCUGGCCAUCAACCUCAUCACCUACGAUGACCGCUUCAACCUGAAGGGGAUCGAGGAGCAGCUCGGAACAGAGAUCAAGCCCAUCCCCGGCAUCAUCGACAAGAGCUUAUACGUGGCAGAGUACCACAGCGAGAGUGGCGAAGAAAUCAAGCCAUGAGCCAAUCAGUCCAUCCUCCAUUCCCCUUUUGUAUCUUUUUUUCACCCCCCCCCUCCCCGUCUUAGAGUUCUCUUGUUUUAGUUUUUUUAUGUACAGUUUCUGUCUGUCUUCCUUUUUUGGAUGCCACCAUGAGGAAUGUGUAUUUUGAUGGACGCGUUUCGGAAGAACUCAUUUGCCUUUUUGAUAGGGCUCAGAGCUGCUCCACCACACCCUGAAGACAUGAGCACCUGGAGGAAAGCAUGGGACCAAGUCGAGAAAAAAAAUAUAUCAAUGCACAUCGUGAAGAUUCAUAUCCACCAAUGACACAAAGCCAGCACCAACAGACCGCUAUACGACACCCUCCAUUCUCCACGUUUUAUUUUGAAAGUUUUAACCAAUUUGUAUCAAGUGCCUUAACAAGCAGUUCAACUCGUUCUAAAGUAAUAACCCCUCAUUAUCCUUCAUCUUGAUCACUUCAUGCCACACACUCACGUUCACCUAAUUGAGAAAUGGCUACACUAAUUUAAUGUCCGAACCACAUGGGUGAAAUCAUAACUGUUUUUUGGUUGGGUCAUACGUUUGCAAGGAAUGGAGAUCUUUGGGAGGGAAGCCGGUCGGAUUUAUCUUUUAGCUGGCUUAGCUGCACUUGAGUCUGGCUGAUAAAUGAGGACAAACUUGGAUGUUCCAUGGACAGAGAUGCUGGAUUUUUCCCAAGAGACAGCCAGACUUGUCCGGUCACUUGGAAGGAGCUUGUGCUUCUAAAAGACCCAGAGCCUUUCCUCCGUCUUCAGCAUCAGAACACUAAAAAUGAAUGAGCAGCCUCUCAACACCGCGAGUCAUGAGGAUUCCUGUUUCGGUGGAGUUUAAUCGUAGGGAACGCUUUUGUUUUUUUGUUUUUUGUUUGUCCUGUGUUUCACCUUCCUAUGGAUGGCCAUACUUAAUUCUACGAGACGUGCAGCGGACAUGUUGGCUGCGCUUUACUCCUUGUGUAUAUACCUUCAUUUUAAGAUUGUUUUAAAAACAAGUUCAAAAGGCUGGCUACAAACUGAAGAGCUUUUUUUUUUUUUUUCGUCCCCCUUUCUCUCUUGUUAGCACUGGAGACUGUUUCCUUUUUACUGCCGGUUUGUUUGAUCUGCAAUAUGGGCCUGUGAAUUUAUUUAUAAUUUUAGAAAGUGCAGAAUUUAUUAGAAUCUAAAACAUUGAAAUGACCUUGUGCAUGGAAUGUUUCAGGAGGCAGAGUUCAUCACUGAUAAUCUUUGUAGCCCCUCAACAUUUGAAGGAGAGUGCAAUUGUUCAAAGCACUUAAAAUGAGAUUGUUUAAAUUGUCGCCCUUUUUCUCCUGCUAGCAGUAUUAACAAGAGUUUGGUCUAGACGGAUGGCUUUGUUGAGCAUUCGAGUAAUGAAUUAUUUGUUUGUCCCCAGCCUUAACUUGUGAAACAAACUCUCGAGCACACUCUGAAGAUCUGCAGUUAUAGAGAGUGUUGUUAUUGGAAGAGAAAAUAAUAUUCUAUCAUGUAGUAGUACUACUCGCUGCAGUGCAGCUGAAUUUGAACAGAAUACGUUUUCUGGGGGAGGUAUUAUCUGUUACGUUGAUCUAUGUGCUCUUUAUGCACGGCUACAUUGCUUCACACAUGUUGAGCAGGGAGCCGUGGAUUAAUUUCCCCUUUUUGACGAAUGUUAGCCUAAUGCAUCAAAACAAACUAUCUGACUAAAAUGUAGCAGAAAUGUAAUCUCUGUGCAUCGCAAGUUAGCUGGCUUUAUAAAAACAAAAGAAAAGAAGCCUCGUUAAACAACCUGAGCAGGUUGAGCUGCACUUAGCGCACAGAGACGUUCAGGAAAAACACUGACUGCACCGCUUUUAACGCCCAUCAUGCCCAAAUGGGAACAGUGGUGCAGAACAAAACAAAAAAUUGGCAAAAAGGGGGAAUGGGCAAGAAGAUUUACAUAUUACUGUUAGUCGGACUGCUUGUUUAAAGAAAAAAAAAACCCUGGCCACCUCAGACUGCUGAGUUUAUGGCUUAUUUCUCUAUUGCUUUGACAUUUGGGCUUUUGGUUACAGUUUGUUUUUAUGCAGCAUAACCUACUUUGCAUUAAGAUCAUCGAGACACCUUUUGAAACCUUUUUGCAAACUGGGUUCCCCUUGUUAUGGUGAGAUGCUUUCCAACUGUUCUAAUCAAUGAGAAGUAGUAUUGCACAUUUAAUUUAAGCUCUUUUUAAAAUGUACCAGUGUGACGAUGUUCAGUUUAAAAUUCCCUUUUUAUUUCUCAUUGGUUAGGACUGAUCCCUGUUCUCUCAGCGUUGUCGUCCCUUAAAUACAUGCACAUCUAAUUUGGCUGUUU